AUUGCGUUGUAUUUGACUCUUACGACUGUUACGUUCGGCAUUUUUGAUAAAGUAAAUCAUUCUUUGUGCUUAGAAAACCAAAAAUGGCUGACAGAAAUAACGUACCAAACUUCAAACCGCACAAACCAGUGCAACCCAAAUCAUCCAUCAACAGGUCCAGGACAUCAGGCUGGAUAUCAUGGCGCAGGAACUAAAGCCGACCUCGACAACAGGGGCCGACAAAUGAAUCCCCAGGAUUCAAAAUAUACCCAGAGAAAAUGAAAAAAUUUUCUUAAUAUUAUUUCCUUAUUCAUAUUUCAAUUUCAACAUUAUGUAUAUUAAAUGAGGAAAAAUAUAUAUAAAUUCUAAAA